AUGAGCGGAUUCAAGAAGGUUUGAACAAUAUUUUCAGAAUCAUGUGGUACUGACUCUUUUUCAGAACGCCGAUAAAAAUGCCUUCGAGCUCAUCAAGGACGGUGCAAAAACCGAGAGAGUACGCUCAACGCCACGUGUCAUUCAAAAAUUCACUUUUUUCAGUUCGUGUUCAUCAUGUGUGUCCACCACCGCCGCAUUUCGCUGGAGCCAGAGCUCGAGACCAUCAAGGAGGAGGACGAGAUCAAGGAGGACGGAAAGAAGACCGAGAAUAAGGGAUCCACCGAGCACUAG